AUGAUGAAGAUGAUCGGAAAUCCACCUCGAUCAAAUCCCACAGUUAUAAUCCCACCAUCAUGUAACUACCAUUUUGCAGACGAUCCAACGGCCACCAUUCACACACCCCUUAACAUUUGUACAGCAUUACAACGUCAUAUACAGUCGAACAAAGACGGCGUUGUAACGGAAGAAAAAGGAAAUGGUGUCGUAAUGGUACAAGAAGAUCUGCUUGAUGAUUUUGAUUUUCCGGUUGAUGCAUAUUCGUGCGAUGAUUUUCGGAUGUUUGAGUUUAAGGUGAAGAUGUGUGUACGUGUAAGGUCACAUGACUGGACAGAUUGCCCGUUUGCUCAUCCAGGCGAGAAGGCUCGCCGGAGGGAUCCCCGGAAGUUUCAAUAUUCAGCCGCAGGAUGCCCUGACUUCAAGAAGGGAGUGUGUAGAAAGGGGGAUUCGUGUGAAUACUCACACGGCGUAUUUGAGAGCUGGCUCCACCCGGCUCGCUACCGUUCGCAGCCUUGCAAGGAUGGUACCCACUGCCGGCGCCGCGUCUGUUUCUUCGCCCACACAGCGGAUCAGCUCCGUGUAUUUUCCUACACGAGUCCGGACUGCUCCCCAAGUCGAAUCGGUCAGGAGACGUCCUCUAAAAAUGCUUUUGGACAUUCUCCAACUUCGUCUCCUGCGACUGGGUCGCCACCUUUGUUGCGGAUGGGCCUUAGCAUGAGCCCACCAACUUGGGGCCUUCAAAUGGGAUCCGGUUUUGAGUCGCCUCGUCGGAGCCCGCCAGCUCUCCUACCCGGAUUCUGGAGUUUGCCAUCAACUCCGGUUUGGACCCGGACUCGGUCCGGACUCAGUGUGUUCGACCUUUUGGAAACCACCGCUGAAGAGGAACCAGUAAUGGAGAAAGUGGAGUCUGGUAGGGACCUGCGGGCUAAAAUCUAUGCGAAACUCAGUAAAGAGAACUCGCUCCAUCGAGUCGACUCAUGCAAUUCGGAUUCUGAUUUUGGGUGGGUUUCAGAACUGGUAAAAUAA